AGGGGAAGUCGCUGCUGUGAAAUCCACAGCAAGCAAAUACCAACCGAGGAGCAGGGACGAAAAGGAUUAUCCUUAUUUUUUAUUUUUUUAAACAAACACAAACAAAAAAGUCAUUUCGGAUCAUCUGGAUCAUUUAUUAAAAGCCAUCAGCAGAGAGGGGUGAUAAAGAAAACCGGUGCUGUUUGAUAUUUCCCUUUUACCUUUUUCCCUGGGACGCACGGACUUCUAAGUGCAUCAUUAUGUUGAACAAUAUGGAUUUGAAUUCGAAAGAUUCUUUCCACCCCCAAUUCGAGAACUGCAGCAGUUCCUCGUUGAUGGAAAACACUGCGCGGAAGGAUAACCAGGAGGUGUACGUCGAUGGAGAACGGGGAGUACCUGCCCAGUUCGGCCACGAAGGAGCCCCCGCUGCCCUCAAAACCGAGGCUUCAAACUCGGAAUUUGCCUUCAACCCAUGCGAGUGCCCAAAAGACACCUACACCCCUUCCUCGCUUGCCUACUCCGGCAGUUUUUAUGUCGAGGCAUCUCAGGGAGCGCCGUGCAGCACGGAAACACUCCUCAAUAUGAUCACGGAGAUCGUGGGCAUCUCUACGCUUCCACUUUCAGAAGUGCACCAGAGCGGCAACAGUCGGGGAACUUAUCCGUCGCCUGCGCCCUUGGAAAGCGGGGACGACAGUUUUGGGGACUCGGGCGUGAAGAGGCAGCCUUACACCUGCUCCGGACCUAACCCCCCAGUUUACUCCCCGGACCAGAAUUGCAGGAGAUACACGGAUGAUCAGCCCAGCAGCCAAGUUCCAGAUCCGUCCACUUCCCUGCUCAGCUUCGGGUCUCCACGUGCUCCAAACCCGAAGAAGACUGAGCCAAAAUCGGAAGCUGCCACGUUCCCAGUGGUGGUCAAGAAUGAGUUUGAGAGCAGCUGCUAUGAGUGGGGAGCUUUCAGCAAGUCUGAGUGUUUGGAGUCAACUUUCCAAGGGGAGACAUUCCCAAUGUCCAGUGACUUCCCCCCUGACCAGCAGGUGGAUGUUAAGGACCUUUUAGACACGUUUCACCCAAUCUGUGCCAACCCAGAAAUGGAGUUUAAAGUAGAAGGGGGGAUCAAACAGGAGCCCUGUUUCUCCGACACCUGUUCUCAGAGCUACUCCAGUCCCCUCUACAACAAUUACCUCCCCCCACCCCCAGUGGGACUCUCCAACAUGAAACCCUUCCCCGAGCCCCCUCAGCCAUCCAACCAAUGCGACUCUUUGUACAUCUCACCAGCCAUCCCGAGCACAAUAGACUCGCUCCUGUACUCUUCCCUGAUGCCAGAUUCCUUUGCACAAAGUUACAACAACCGUCCGACGAAGCCCCCCCGGGCCAGGAAGAGCCCCGCCGCCUCCCACGGCCCCGCCAAAGAGAAACCCUUCACCUGUCCGAUGGAGAGCUGCGACCGGCGCUUUUCCCGCUCAGACGAGCUCAACCGGCACAUCCGCAUUCACACGGGCCACAAACCCUUCCAGUGCCGCAUCUGUUUGCGCAGCUUCAGUCGGAGCGACCACCUCACCACCCACACCAGGACUCACACCGGCGAGAAGCCGUUCUCAUGCGACGUGUGCGGCAAACGCUUCGCGCGCAGUGACGAGAGGAAGCGGCACGGACGCGUGCACCUGAAGCAAAAGGAGAAAAUGGAAAUUAAGCCGCAGGUGAACGGCGGCGCGUGGCCAUUUUCUUUACCGGAGGGGAUAUGAGAACGGGAGCUGUGUCCAUUUACGCACGCACACACACACGCACAUUUAUGGGCCUUCUGGGUCUGUCCGUCUUGGAAGACAAGCCAGGUGACCACCAGUCAACCUCUGAGCAGCUUUUGUCUGGAAAUACAACUCACGAUGUGUAGAGUUUUUAUAGGAGCAGAGAGGAGAAAGGAGCACAGUUCCUGCCUUUCUUGCCGCAGCCGCGCACAAGUUGUCAAAGUGGGGGAACCGCUACACAGAGACUUGUUGCUUUUCAGUGGAGCCAAACCUUAGCUCUGCAUUGCAUGACUGCAGUUUCAGCACCUCUUCAGCUGGACAGCUCCUCCAUCCAUCCGCCUUUGAACAUGGAUGGAUUGCACUUACAGAACCAUGUUAUUAUUAACUCCAUUUAGGAUUCUUAUUUUCUGCAUUUAGCAUUCUUAGAGCAAUGGGUUUAGACUAUAUUUCUUAAGAUGCAUGUUUAUGUUAGUUUUUUAAAUUAUUAUUAUUAUUUGACUGGAAUAUAACCUUCUGUUAAGCUUACUCCUUUGCUUCACAGUAAAGGUGUUUGACCAUAAAGCUGUCCACCUUUGAACAACAAAACGUUUGUUUUUUCCUCUCCUUCUUUUGGCCGUCAGUGUUUCCUGUCAUUAGUCUUUGUGUUGUGUUCCAAUCGUUUGGAUUAUUACAGUUGUGAAAGAUUUAUCAUAAAUGGAAAAAUAAAUAGAUUUGUAUCACUGUACUGCUUUGUAUUUUUUUAGGAGACUGUAUAUUUUGAAACUGGUAUAUUCCUAGUGUCCUUUUCUUAAAGUGAAAUGUGAAAUCAAUCAUGAAUGAGGUCUUUUGGUUUUUAUGGAGGGCUACUGUUUCGUAACAAUAUUUUAAAUGUGAAACUUUGAUAUUUCGAGACAUUUUCUUUGCACGUCCUCCCAUUUUUGGUGUGAUGAGAGUUUUUUUUUAAUUGUUGAAUUACUGAUUUUAAAGGGAACACACUCCAGUUGUGGUACAGCUUUUCAACUGAAUGUACAGACUUCUAUUUGCUGGAAAAGGCUUGCAAAUCACACAAACAUUGCUUUUAAGUAAUCAGGUAGCACACAUUGCUGCGAGUUUUUGUGGACUUUAUGUCGGAAAAGGAAAGGGUUUGACCUCGUAAUGUCUUUUUGAUGGGAAUAUUGUACACAAAAUGUUUUACUUUAGUAAAAAAACAAGUAAAAAUAUAUUAAUGUUGGUGAAAUUUUUACCAACAGGCCAUUGCAAAAAAA